CAGGGCUGUUUGUGUAAUGUGUUACAUAUGUUCCAUACAUCCACAGGAAACGUGCCCUCUAAUGCAAUGACACAUCUCCAACCAUGGCGAGCCAACUGAAGAAGCAGUUAAAAGAGGCAGUGAAGGUCAUCAGCUCAGGUAGCCUUCUGUUCGCCUCAUACCUCACUGUGGUUGGAGAUGAACGUUUCUAUGCCAACCAGUUAAUGCCCCUGCUGCAAAGGAUUGUAGGAGCAGAGACAGCGCAUGUUUUGGCUGUGAAAAUGAUAAGUCUGGGUCUGGUUCCUCUAAACCGCUACCAGGACCCUGCAUCAUUGCAAACAAACGUCCUGGGAUUAAAGUUCAAAAAUCCCAUUGGAAUCGCAGCAGGUUUUGAUAAACAUGGAGAGGCUGUGGAUGGCUUGUACAAAAUGGGCUUUGGCUUUGUUGAGGUGGGGACCAUAACUCCAAAACCUCAGGAGGGAAACCCCAAACCACGUGUGUUUCGACUUGUUGCUGAUCAGGCCAUUAUUAACAGAUAUGGAUUUAACAGCUGUGGUCUGACAGAAGCACAGCAGAGACUGAAGGCCAGAGAUGCAACACAGCAAGAGCACAGUAAAGCUGGCCUUCCCCUGGGCAUCAACCUGGGGAAGAACAAACUGUCCCAGGACGCAGGGGCAGAUUACUUGGAGGGUGUGAGAGCGCUGGGCCCGCUGGCCGACUACCUGGUGGUCAACGUCAGCAGUCCAAACACACCAGGGCUCAGGGAUCUACAGGGGAAAGCCGAGCUCUAUCAGCUCCUACAAACGGUGUUGAAGGAACGUGAUGCCCUGCGGGGAGAGCACAAACCCCCAGUCCUGGUGAAAAUCGCUCCUGACCUCUCUGCUCAGGACAAACAAGAUAUUGCUGAUGUUGUCACUGAGCUGGGAGUCGAUGGUUUAAUGGUGUCCAACACCACCGUGUCCCGGCCAGAGACGCUGCAGGAUCCGCAGCAGUCCGAGGUUGGUGGACUUAGUGGCCGCCCUCUGAAAGAACUUUCAACACACACCGUCAGGGAGAUGUACGCCCUCACCAAAGGUAAAGUCCCCAUCAUUGGUAUUGGUGGUGUGGCCAGUGGACAAGACGCCUUGGAUAAGAUCCGUGCAGGUGCAUCACUGGUUCAGCUUUACACAGCCUUCGCCUACCAAGGUCCACCUGUUGUGACAAAGAUAAAGCGGGAAUUGGAACGACUUCUAAAGGAUGAAGGUUUUAGCAGCGUGUCGGAGGCAGUUGGAGCAGAUCACAGGUCAGCAGAAGGGACGACUCAUAAGCAGAGCCUGCUCAAGGAGACGUGUAAUCUUAAUAUAGACACUGAUAGUUUAUCAGCACCUGUAGCUGCCAUUUCCAUCAACUCCUAAUAAACUGCAAGUAUGGAGUAUUUGUAAUAAUCCAUCCAGUCUCAGUGAUUUCCAUGUUGAGACUUACUGAAGUUCAACAUUGUCAGUGUGGAGCUUUGAACUUUUACUUGAAAGAGAUGGAGAACAGAGUAACGGGUUUGUGUUUGUAGUGUUGCUUUUUCAGUAUAUCAAGUCUUUGAUCUGUUUCUCACUUUGUGACGGAGAGAUAUUAUUUGUUACAGUGUAACAGCAGUUAUGUUUCUCAAGUGCAACAUGACAAAUGUGCUCAGACACUCACAAACCUCUACAAAUGUAUACAAACUAAUUUAUUAUGUACCAACAUACUUAUUACAACAUACAUAUGUACAACAUACAAAUUUCAGCAUGCUGGUGCUAAAAGGAUUGCGCAGAAAAUGUGUUAUAAGAUAUCACUGUAACCUUUGACUGUAUAAUUGUAAAUGAUACAUGUUCCGCUGAUGAAACUGUUGUUAUAGCACUGAUAAGAAACACAAAAUAAAUGGGGCCUUUGAAAAAAAAAAAAGGGCAAAUAAGGACACCUUUAA